GUCAUUCGCUCAGUCGCAGCCAACUUCAUGUUGUUGAGUAUGUAUAUUGGGAGUGACUAAGUCUAAUGUACAAAGUGUGAAAGCAAAAUACACGAAUAACGCAAUAAAGUAUCAGCGGCGUGCAAGGAUUAUUGGAUUUAAGUUUUACACAGGACAGACGGACCCACACAUACAAACAUCACGCAGCAAAAUCGGAGGAGUAUAACUUUAUAAAACACAACAACAAUGGGAGCAAGGGAAGACGAAUACGAUUAUCUGUUCAAAGUCGUGCUUAUUGGUGACUCUGGCGUUGGCAAAAGUAAUUUGCUGUCACGUUUUACGCGCAAUGAAUUCAACUUGGAGUCAAAAUCGACAAUUGGCGUUGAGUUUGCAACGCGCAGUAUAGAGGUUGAUGGCAAAACAAUCAAGGCGCAAAUAUGGGAUACGGCUGGACAGGAGCGUUAUCGAGCCAUUACCUCUGCAUAUUAUCGCGGUGCUGUUGGUGCGCUGCUUGUUUAUGACAUCGCCAAACAUUUGACAUAUGAGAAUGUUGAGCGAUGGUUGCGAGAGCUGCGUGAUCAUGCCGAUCAGAAUAUUGUUAUUAUGCUUGUUGGCAAUAAGUCCGAUUUGCGACACUUGCGCUCGGUGCCGACGGAUGAGGCGAAGCUGUUUGCCGAACGUAAUGGCUUAAGUUUCAUAGAAACAUCAGCCCUUGACUCGACGAAUGUUGAAACCGCAUUCCAAAACAUACUCACAGAGAUCUAUCGCAUUGUAUCGCAGAAACAAAUUAGAGAUCCGCCGGAAGGUGAUGUUAUUCGUCCCUCUAAUGUGGAGCCCAUCGAUGUUAAGCCGACUGUCACAGCCGAUGUACGCAAACAGUGCUGUCAGUGACCGCCUCAAGCAUUUGUCGUCGUCGUCGUCGCCGCCGCCGCCGUAGCAGCAGCAUCUACCCGCAACAACAGCCAGAACAGCAACAGCAAGAGCAACAAUAAUAAAAACAGCAAUUACAACUACAACAAUAGCAUCAGAUGUUAUUUUUUAGAACACAGCCACAAGCAGUGUGUUAUCUAUGCAUAAAGCCAGCCAGCCAGCCAGCAAGCAACAACAACAUCAAGAAAAUUAAUAAAACACCAAGCGCAUCAUCAACAUCCGGCUGUAGUUAACUGCAGUUUAAACUGAAGUUAAUACAUACAUAUUUAUCUGAGAAUAUGUAUCGUACAAAGCUUACGACGGUCGAGCAAAAGAAAAUAUAAAAACUAAAACACUCCAAAAUUCAGUUUAAGCUGUAGCUAUAACUAUCAUUUAUAUAU